AUGGCAGGACGCGGCAGUCGAUCCACUCGUCGGGGAAGACCUCCGAAGAACGCAGAGUCUGCCGAACGGUUGGCUGCCCUGAAGAGACCCCGAUAUCUCUAUCCGGGCGCUAAUAAUGCAGAAUUGGAUGAAACGUCCAACGCUUCCAACAGUACUAAUGCAUCAAAAUAUAAGACCCGAUCGAGUGGUCGCCUCAAGAAGAAGAAGUGGGGCGACAGCGACGACAGCGAUAACUACGACGAAGACUUGAAUGACAGCCAAUCGCACAUCGAGUCCGACACAUACGAGAGCGACGACUUGACACACGACACGGAUUUGGAUGAACUCGAAGAAGAUGUGGAUAACGAAUCGGCUGAGAGUUCUUCGCAAUCGGGUUCUCCCAAAAAGAGGCCACCAUUUCGUGCGCCGCGCGUCAAAAGUCCCGUUUUCUUUGAAGACACAGAAGUGGAGGAAUUGGUACUUCCGGACAGUUCUGAAGAUAUACUUCUGAGUAACGAAUACCUAAUGCAAGCGAUUUGUGUUUACGAAGUGUUGCGACAUUUCCGGAAUAUAUUACGUUUGACUCCUUUUCGGUUUGAAGACUUUUGUGCCACUCUUAUGGUCGACGAACAGAACGGACUUCUCUCUGAAAUACAUUUACAACUAAUCAAAGCCUUAUUACGUGAAGACGACUCGUCCAACACGUGGUUCGGACCGCAAGAUCUUCGAGAUUCGAUUAAUGUAUACUUAUUUUUCAAUGAUUACAUCACUUGGCCGGAUGUGCUUCGGAUCUAUUUGUCAGCCGAUAUGAACAGUAAUAGAGUUAUACUUAACGAGUGUUUGCGUCAAAAUGAAUAUCCAUUCAUUCGCGUCGACAAGAAGUUACGGGUUUUGCAGCACUUGUGCGACCAGUUCUUGACGACAACACCGGCCAGAGAGGACUUAGUGAAUGAGGGAAUCAUUAAACACGACGAUCACUGCCGCGUCUGUCAUAAGUUGGGAGAUCUUCUUUGCUGUGAGACCUGUUCAGCAGUAUUUCACUUGUCGUGUUUGGAUCCGCCACUCGUGGAGGUGCCCAACGAGGAGUGGAUCUGCACCGUCUGUAAAGGCAAUUAUGUGAACGGAGUGACAGAUUGUAUCUCUGAAUACGAGAGAAGUGGCUUUCUUUGUCGACAAGAACCACUCGGUUGGGACCGACACUCUCGCAAGUAUUGGUUCCUUUGCCGCAGAAUUAUUGUCGAGUCUGAAGACGGCUCAAAAACGUGGUAUUAUUCAACUAAAGCACAGAUCGAUGAACUCCUUAACACUUUGGACGCCAAUCAAUACGAAGCAGAUCUCUGUAAGAAUAUUGAAGAGAUUAUGGAAGAUAUCGUUAAACAGACAGAACUGACAGAAAAGCUGACAAAUUCGGCGAAGGGUUCGCGAAAAAGUUAUUUAGAGGUCGAUAACGAAAGGUUGGCUAAAAUACAGGCUGAGAGGGAAGACAAGAAGAAUUGUGAGGAAAGUGAUGAGAAAAAAGUGAACGGAAUUGAAGACGAAAGCAAUGAAACCGACAAAAAAGACUCAGAAAAGGAAGGCGACGAAAGUCCCAAAGCGGGGAUUCUUACGCGACUCAAAACCGGUUCAAUACAACCAAAGCCUAUUAAUUUGGAUCCAUUGAAGAAUAAGUUGAAUAAUAGCGCGAACGGCAAAGACGACGACACGCUUCUGAUCCUCAAAGAUGGAGAACUGACUCGAGUGGCAAAGAAAAACAUUGCGUCCACUGUUCUCAACAGUAUUUUAUUCAAACUGGGAAUGGAGAGUAACUACAAGUCCUAUCAAAACCAAUUUAUCUCAAACGCACUGUCGCUUAAUAAACACCAGCACUCGGAGGAAAGGGAUAAAAGGAGACAAUUGAGUCACAAGUUUAGUCUGACAGCCGCUUCAGACCUGAAAUGGCAGGGCGUUAUGUUUGGCACCCGUACUCUCAUUAUUGCAUCUUUAAGGCAAACAAUACUACAACUGGAGAGUCAAAUAUCGGUGCCAUUCCUGCACCAGAACUGGCCCCUCCAUCGGCCCAAUUGGCUCAAAGCAGUCAACAUGUGCUCCAACGCCAAAGACUUUGCUUUAGCUCUUUGUAUAUUAGAGUCAUCGAUGAAACCUGUGCUCUUCAACCCCGCGUGGCUCGAGGCCAUGGGCUUCACGUGUCUCCACAGAACCACUUUCAUGGAUAGGGAGGAACGCAAGAAACUGGAGAAAAGGGAGCGCAGGGAUCAGAUCGAAGAGCAGGAAAACCUCUACAGGUUUGGAGUAAGCGUUCGAUACGUUUUGGGGAAAGUGAAGCACCAAAUAUGGAAACAAAAGGGUGAGGAAUACCGGUUGACUGGAAGGGGUGCCUGGCUUUGGAGGAGUACCACUCGAAUCGCACAAGAAUUGCCUGAAAAGAACAAACCGUUGAAUACAAUAGAAAUUCCUGAAUUACAUAAACCAAAGUUAUCUCAAAUUUCCACUAUAAAUGUGAGCAAAUGUUUAGCAGAAGUUUCUGAGAAAAGAUAUCUUUACCCAAAAAUAUACAAAAGAUGUAAAGUUUUGGAUAAUUUAUUGGAAAGAAGAGUAUUAAUGACACAAAUUGAUGACAAAGUGAUUAAAAGCGAAACUAAUGUUAAGAAUGAAACAGAAGAUGAAAAAGAAGUAAAUCGCGUGAGUGAAGACGAGAGUCUUAUAUCUAAGUGUUACUCGUGUUGGUGUCGGUCUGACAAUGAUUUACCGAAUGAACAAAAAACUUGUUAUUCGAGUGUUUGUCGAUUUGAAUCAAUUAAACCUAAAGUAGAAAUCGAUGUGAAGAAAGAAAGCGAAGAAACCGAUGGCAAAGAGAGUGUUUCGGGCGAUGAAUGCCUCGAUGCCGACAAAAUCGCUGAUUGCUGUCAAGUGGUCUCAUUAGCCAAAAUAGUUAAAGUGAACGGCGUUUUACAAAUUGCUAAACGAAUUGGUCGAAAGCACGUAAAGGGACAGUUACCUCCCUGUCCACGAUUUACUACAUCGAAAGGGAAACGAAAAUCAAUAUUAAUUUUACCACAAUUUGAAUUGAAGCGAUUGUCUCGAAGUGGGGCUCUUAGGGAAGUGAGUGGUUUCAGCUACACAGCAAAGACCAACCCUUGCAUCUGGCCGUACGGUCAGACCCCACGGCCUAUAUUCCGCACGUCUUGGCUCUAUCGGAACCAAAAGAUCGCGUCAGUGCACGGCGUGGCCACUCAACUGCGUGUCCUUUGGGCUAACAUUCGUUGGGAUGACUUGUCGGCCAAACCUCCGCCUUCGGGUGCAAACACAGUGACCACAGAAACUGAGGUCCAAACGAGUGAAAUACUCAAACGUAGAGAAUUGGCUCCUUUUGGCAUAAGAUCUGAAUAUUUGGUUCGAAGAAUAAUAGUUCCCAUCGAACUGCCAUCAAAACCUCGAGAGAAAUCGACACCAAUUCGAAGCGGUCUCAGAGAGAGACGUCGGCCCGAAUCGCCUCAAUUGAGAGGUCCUUCAGUGACAGAGUGUUGGGUUCCUGAAGAAGAGCUCGAAUUGUGGGAAAUCAGACAAUUCGGUGAGAAAGUGGAGAAACAGCAACAGAUGGCUAAACAGAAGGCAGUCGAAGCGGCGCAGAGGGAGAACUCGGAGAAGAUUAGGAAACAAAUGGAGGAACAGCUCAAAAAACAAAGAGAAGCUCUCCAUCAGAAACGUAUGGCAGAGGCGGCGGCCAAAGCAGCUUCACCUCAGACUCCAGUUUCUACGUUAACCCCAACCGCUACGAGGUUUACGAGUAUUAUACAGAAUAAGGGAAUGAAAAGAAUAUUCACGUCUCGCGGCAUAACUCCUGUCAUUGGAACAAAUGUCACCCCAAGAACUCCGGCACCGAAUUCAUUUGCAACGGUACGCACUCCUGGAGGUCAGACAUUUAGGAUACCACUGUCUGUACUUCAGGGCAAAACUGCUGGACAACAGAUAGUUAUACGCAAUUCCAAUGCUGUGACAACCCCUCAAACCACUACAAUAACUACUCAACCAAUCACUCGACCCUCAACUCCGACCACAACUUAUAUUGUAAGGACGCCAACGGGUCAGACAUCGAUGCGACCUAUCAUUCUGAAUCAGGUCAGACCAACAUUAGGUCAGCCCGGAGUACAAACGACACCGCAAUCACAACCAGUAAUUCAACGUCAGGUUCAACUUCCGAUUCGUUUCCCCGACGGCCGGAUGCAGGUCUUGCAGAUACCGUUGUCCGCCAUCGCUGGCAAUCAACCCAUUCAGAUAGCAAUCAACACACAGUCAACAACCGGCGCUCCGACCGUUUUGUCAAAUUCUAUACAAAUUAUGUCGUCCAACAACAGUCCCACUACUAUUGUGACGGCACCACAACCCACUCCCCAACAAACCCCACAGAUCCGCAUCAUUACCAGUAAUAGUACGACAGGAGGACAACCAGUUGUCGCCAAAUUAGUACAAAUGCGUCCUCAACAACAACAGUCGGUCCAACAGAUCACACAAACCCCUCUUCAAUUGCCAGCCAAUCAACAAAUCAAUCAGAUAUUGACUCAACAAAUACAGUCCGGAAAAUUUCAGGUCAAACUUAAUGCCAACCAAACGGUCACUACAUUACAAACACCACAAAGACCUACGAUUACAGCACAACUCCCACAGCCGACCAUCAGAGGUCAGACACCUAUUGUUGCCACCGUUAGGAUUGAAUCCAAAGCUAACCAAUCAUUAACGCCAUCGACUAUUCGGACGCCGGACGCGACCCUUACUGUGACGCCGACUGUAAGUGUGGUUCAAAAUACCCCAAAGACUCCGAGUCCUCAAACUCCCGCUUUAAAUGCAAGCAAAGAGUUGACUCCAUGUGUAUCGACACCAAUGAAUUCACAACAGUUUGUUCUGACGUCUGAAAUAACUCAAGAAAUAGUACGACAGGCGCUCAUGAAUCCAAAUGUGGCCCCAGAGAUACAGCAGAAGUUAAUGGCACUGCAGAGACACCAUCAGGAACAGGACCUAAAAGACCCCAUCAAAGCAAAGCCCAAUACAGGGGUCACUCCUGUGGUGAGCGGUCGCACGAAAUCUGCGUCCACUUCUCGGUCUGUUUCGCGAUAUAAACCGAAAGCCAAACCACAAAUUCAAAUGACUGAAGAACAGAAGAAGGAGUCGGAUAUAAUGAGCGCUUGUAAUGCAGUGAUUAAGUCGUUGUUGGAUAAGAUCGACAAAGAGGACAAACCCAAAGGACAGUCCAGAAGCGCUAAUAAGAAACAGCGAACCAAAGAGUCGACUGUUGAGAGACGUCAUCGACAGAACUCAAACAGACUUCAAGUCCUUCUCUUUAAACAAACAGAACUCUUGAAGAAAGAUAUUAUCAAAAGAAGAGCUCUUUUAGAGAAAAACUUGAAAAUUGAAAUUAGAGAUGAAUUGAAUACAGUGUUGAGUCCACAAAACUUUUCAAACAAAUCGACCAUUAAUUCAAUGAAUGGUUCGCCAAAGAAAGUCAACUCACCCGUCAAAAGGAAGCCUAACGUUGCGAACAAUAACUUAGUUAUUGACGAAGACGUGGAUAACAGCGACGAAAUAAGGCCACCGAAGCAGAAGAGAUCGCGUCUCAACUCUCCUCCCUCUUCUCGGUCUCCUAAGAAGCAGAGGACUUCUCCCGGCAGUCAUAACUCAAGGCCUAAAAACAUGAAAUCAAACGCUUUGUAUUGCGUUUGUCGGAAACCGUACGACUCGUCCAAGUUUAUGGUCGGGUGUGACAUCUGCUCGAACUGGUAUCACGUGGACUGCGUUGGACUCACCGAAAUACAGGCCAAGAAAGCCGAUCAAUACAUUUGUCCCAAUUGUGACAAAAUGAAAGCUAAGAACAAAGAGCUGUAUUGUUUGUGUCGGCGUCCGUACGACGAGAGCCAGUUCUACAUCUGCUGUGAUCGGUGUCAGGACUGGUUUCACGGCCGGUGUGUCGGUGUCUUGCAGUCGGAGGCGCAGGCCAUUGAUGAGUACGUCUGUCCCAACUGCCAGAGCGACUCGCAAAUCAAUUUCGCGAAUCUUAAGCAACUGAACGCAAAGGACUUCGAAAAUCUCAGGAAAUUACUCAAAUCUCUUCAGACGCACAGAAAUUCGUGGCCAUUCUUGGCACCUGUCGAUCCCAAAGAGGUUCCCGAUUAUCAUCAAGUGAUUAAAGAGCCAAUGGAUCUGAAGACAGUAGAGAAGCGUCUGACGGACACGAGUUAUGACUCUUUGGCCCAAUUUAUAGGCGAUAUCACGAAAAUCUUCGACAACUGUCGCUACUAUAACGCCCGCAACUCUCCCUUCUAUCAGUGCGCAGAAGUACUCGAAGGCUUCUUUGUGGCCAAAAUCAAGUCAUUCCGAGAGGCCAUGAAGUGAUCACCACUUCUUAGUCUCCAUUUAGUUCUUCACAUCAAUGCUAACACAUAUGACAGACAUCUGUAUAUAAGUUAACCACAAAAUUGCCACAAAAACGCAUUUACUUAUAAAAUAGUUUUCUAUUAACUCAUUGUUUGUAAUAAAUUUAAUUUAUAAUUCAC